UGAACAAUCAAAAAUAAAGUGUGAUUCCAAAGUGUGACGGUUAGAUCAACAUAAACUACUAAUAUCCUGUUUAACUGCUAUAGAACCAUCAGAGCAGCAGAUUCUAAAGUCUGGUCCAGAUAAGGAGCUCUACAGUGAGGCUGACCGUCCAUCAUAGCUGUCUAACCUGGACGCUCACAUCUCUGGAACCGUUGGAGCUCAUUUUUAAUCAGGCUUCAUCUGGAUAAACUCACCACAGAUUUGAUGUUUUUAGAACGACUUUCUCACCUGAAAUCAUCUGAAAACUACAUUUUGUGUCACAAUAACAGUAGUAUUCCCAAAAUACUUGUGUUUCCUCUGAAAGUUUCCUCCUGGGUCUUUGCUGCUGGUCUAAAUGCAUUGUGGGUUAUUUGGCUCCAAGUCCACACUAGUCUGGUCUGAUGAUCCUCCAUAAUGUGGGCGGAGCCAGAACACAUCCAGGUAUUUCAUCUGUUCUUGAUCAGAUGCUACUUUGAACUGGAUCAGUACUUGGUCUCUGACUGAUGACGUUUUAGAAGAACACCAGAACUCAAGUACAGACCAGUACGGUCUAGUCCUGAUUGAUGAGCCAAAACACCAGCAGAGCAUUCUGGGAUUUGUAGUAAUAACAGUACAUGUGCUCUAUAAUACCAGCUCUAGUAGUCAUCUGGUUUUGCAUCAUGGUCCAAAUAUAAUUACAUUGCAGGCCAGAGUUUGACACCUAUGAUUUAGAGCAUUUUCUUCAUGGUAUAAACCUGACAUUGUGUUGCAGGAGACGCUGCUAUUGGAGAGGCUGUCAUUGGCUUUUUUCUCUCUACAUGCAUGGAAAAGCUGCAGUCAGGGUUUGUGUCUUGUGUCUGUGGCUUCCUCACAAAUGUUGACUUUAUUUUAGGUGACAGGAAAGAUUUUUGAACACCGUGUUUCUAUGAUGUGUUGAUGCAUCACUGUGCUAACAAUGCAGUCUGACAACUAUUCCCUCACAUUCACACCUAGAGGCAGUGAAGACUCACUAAUAUUAACCUGCAUGUUAUUGUGUUGUGGGAGGAAGCCUGUUGUUUAUUGUUUGUGUGUUUUUUAUGUCUUCAGCAGCACACUAUGUUUGACCAACGGACAACAGGCAGGUCAGUGUUGCAAUUGUGGGACUGUACCAGUUGGUGGCGGUAAUGCACCAAGAGGUUGUUUGCUAACCGCUAUUAAAACUCAAAAGAAGUCUAAUCGCCGUAGAGUUCAUGGCUGCCGGGCAAAGUGAAACGCUAGUUGUAUGUGAUGAACUCAGGACGUUUCAGCAGUCGUGGGAGGAAGAAUUUGCGUUUGUGGAGCUGCAGACAAACGUGGACAUGAUCAAACCUCUGGUGAAGGCAGCAUCCCGCCCCGGGUGUAGUGCAGAGCUCGGGGGCUUUGCUGGGCUGUUUGACCUGAAGGCUGCAGGAUUUGGGACAGAUGGAGUUGGGACCAAGCUGAAGAUGGUCCAGGCCUGCAGGCAGCUUGACGGUCUUGGUCAGGACCUGGUGGCCAUGUGUGUGAACGAUGUUCUCGCUCAGGCUGUCGAGCCGCUCUUCUUCCUCCGUGACUUUACCUGCAUCAGGCUGGACAUCGAUGUAGCCGCCUCAGUGGUCAGCGGCAUCGCAAAGGCCUGUGAGAAGGCUGGAUGUGCUCUGCUGGGUAACCAUUACCUGAGUCAUGUCAUGUUUAGUAUUUGCUGACACCUUUUUCCUAGAUAAUAAACACUUAAAUGUAUAUGUAGCUGUAGUAUCUGUCUGUGCCACCAGCUGGAGCCUUUUGCUGUUUAAUUUUGUAGCAACAAGGGCAGGUGGGUAGUUCCAUGCUGGCAACUAAAACCCACCUUGUUUCCACGUGUCCAUAAAUCUGUAUAAUAAGUGGACUACGCCCCCUGAUGUUCAACACAAGGGAUAAACCUAAGCACAGUUGUCUCAUCAGUUUUUACUGUCCAGUUGCAGGAUGUACAAAGAAAUACAAUAUAUGUAUGUUCUGUAAACUAACUCCACUAUUUUAUGAUGACACAUUUACACAAUUUACUGUCAACAUAGUUAAACUACUCAAUAGUAAUUAAUUUUUUCCACUUCCUGGUCCAACAGACGGCAGAGUUUUGCAAACAUGACAUUCCCAUCAGCCUUAUUUGUGUUUAGUGCUAAUUAUAAAAUGUUAGCAAGGUGUUAAACAUUUCGUGUAAAGAUAUUUCUUUAAGAAAAAAGAUAAAUUAAUGCCUAUUCAGGUCUUAACUGUAAAAAAAAAAAAAAAAAAAAACCUGAUCGAAACUGUAAAUAAUUUCCACAUCUAAAAAUCUAAUCACUAAAUUCAAAUAAUUAGUAAAUAAUUUCUAGGUAUUUGCCUUUUUUGAAAGAAUUAUGUAUAUGAAAUUUAGUCUGUUUUUUUUUUUUGCAAUUUUUCCCAUGUAUUGCUAAUGUCCCCUUGUGGGACUAAUAAAGGAUAUUCUGUUCAGUUCUGUUCUAUUAAUUACAGAUAAUAUCUCAUGAAAUCUCUGGAAAAGUAUUAAAUGACACUUAGAGUGUGAAUAUAUAUAUGUAUAUUAUAACAUAAUUUAUUUCUUGCAAUAUUUUACCAUAUUGCACUUUGUGCUAUAUUUAAAUCAUCAAAAAUAUUGCUAUUUUGCAGAUAUUUGUUGUCUUUUUACAGAAAGAUUACCUAUAUGAAUGAAUAAAAACUGGAAAAAUAUUUUUAAAGUUAUUUUGCAAAAUUUUCCUGUUCUGUUUAAUUAAAGAUAAUAGUAAAAAUCUAAUAAAAUCUUAGAAAAUAAAAAGUGACAUGCUGACUGCUGGAUCCCUCAAUUUCAUUUCAGAUUGCUGAAAUAUAUUUUGUUUUGAUUUUGACUGUAAAAAAGAACAAUAAAAUUAUACCAUCAUUUUGAAUAACUGUCAUAACGUCAUAAAGUCUGUAUUUUUAAAGAAGUAGUGCUAAGUAAAAAAAAUUAUAAUGUAGUAAAAUAUAACAUAAGAUAAUGAAUUACUGCACAUUAUAAUACCACGCUGUACAUGAAAGUUAAAUAUUGUACAUGUAAUUAAAAUAUUUCACCCAAAAUUGAAAUAUUACACAUUUACAUCAAAUUGUGCAAACUGUUGCAUUGUGGGUAAUGUAGGCGUUGGGUUUUGACAGAGAAGAAAGAUGUGUAGGAAAACAAAUAUAUCUCUGGUUCUGCUUUAUCGAUUUUGAUUCUUUAUUGUAAAUAUUUCUAAAACAUCAGUACAAAAAUGUUGCAGAAAUGCAGAGUAGAAGUGAAGACCUUGUUCAACUGAAACUUAAAUUCCACUUAAAAUCUAUAUUUUUACUAGAAAGAAUGCUCCUGUAGAUUUAGUAAACUACAAGUGAUGAACAAAACUGGCACCAAAUAUAAGAAAAUGGAGACUUUUCUUAGCAGUAGCUGCUGGUAAUCAUAUACAGUAGAUAAAAUCACAUAUAAUACAUGAGGUCAGAGUUUUCUGAGGAAAACAUGGUGGAUUCA